GAAACCUCACGGUAACCAGGCAACCAAAGAAAAGCUAAUAAAUAUCACCGCAUGCUAACUGACGUCCGAGAGAAACUAGUUUUCCAAACAAAUCAUCACCACCAUGUCCUUUACUACUGAUAACAACUCUACACCAAAGUCCAUGAGCCGAGCCAAAGGAUGGACCGCAGAGAUAGAAAACCUUUUCAGAUUCCAGCAGGCCGGCUACAGAGAUGAACUGGAGUACAUACAAGUCAAACAAGGGUCCUUGGUUGACAAAUGGCCAGAGUCCGGCUUCGUGAAGAAGCUCCAACGUCGAGACAACACAUUUUAUUACUACAGCAGGAAAAGGGAAUGUGAGGAACGUGACAUCAACAAAGUCAAAGUGUAUGCAUAUUAAAAGGUGUUCUGGCCUCCAUCAAUAUAAUAAUACAGCCUGUUGACACACACUAUAUCUCAGAUUCACCCCUGCCGAAGAAGAUGACCUCUGUUUUCAAAUAAAGGAUUUUUUAAACAGCU